AUGACGACCAACCUCACGGAACUAGACGCCCAUGAGCAGCCCUCGGAUCACAUGAGGGCAGAGUGGAAGAGCUUCUCCCGACAGGACGCCUCAGCAUUAAUCAACAGCCCCAGUAUCGAUGAUCCCCGCGGCCCGCUGCAGGAGUCCGGCUUCCUCACUGCAGGCACCUUGCCCAAGGCCCAGCUUGCAAGCAGCUUCGCAAAGCUGGCUCCCGAGUACGCUGCACAUGCUGAGGGCGACGUGCCCAUUAUAUACCAUCCACUGCUCCCUGGGCUGCUUAUCCUCCCCUCGCUGGUGCCGCCGGCUGUGCAGCACCCACUUCUAGAUCGCAUGAUCCAUCGCGACCUCAGUAACCCAAAGCACCAGACCAAUCUCCACCUCCACUAUGACCUACCAUAUCCCGAGUCCCAAGGAGAUGGCAACGACGACAAAUCCUUCUUCUCUCUCAGCCCAGAAUCCCCCCCCUCCUUCACCCCCAAGGACCCAGCCGUUCACAAGCCCCUAUCUAUCAAGCAAGUCCUGCAAAAACGCCUUCACUGGGUAACGUUUGGCGGCCAGUACGACUGGACCAACAGGGUAUACCCGGACGAGGCGCCCCUCCAGUUUCCCUCGGACAUCUCCAACUUCCUCGAAACACUGUUCCCUGAGACCGAGACGCAGGCCUCCAUUCUGAACUUUUACACUCCGGGGGAUACCAUGAUGAUGCAUCGCGAUGUGAGCGAGGAGACCGACAAGGGGCUCGUGAGUCUGAGCUUCGGAUGCGACUGCCUCUUCAUGGUCGCACCAAAUGCGAUGGGCCACGCCGAUGACGAUGGCACCAAGCAAUACCUCCUACUGAGGCUGCGGUCGGGCGAUGCCAUUUACAUGACCAAGGAAUCUCGGUACGCGUGGCAUGGUGUGCCCAAGGUUCUCAAGGGAACUUGCCCCGACUACUUGAAGGAUUGGCCUUCGCGUGAUGACGGCAAGUUUGCUAAGUGGCGAGGAUGGAUGGAAAACAAGCGAAUAAACUUGAAUGUUCGGCAAAUGAGGGAUUGA